AUGAUCUAUUACAUCAUAUAUCAAGUUAUAUACGUAAUCUUAGUAGAAUCAAAAGUCUUCGAGACAAAUCGGCGAGAGUCCAAUGAAUUUUUAAACACAAAACUUUCAUUUCCAAGUCAAUACGAACAAUCAAGAGAAACAGUUGAAGCAACUCGUGAAUCUUGCCUUGAUGAGUAUAGGCAACAACAAAAGUUCUUACACCGUCGACAACCAUUAUCUUCACUUUGCGCACAAUAUUGUUCAGAAACAACGGAUUGUCAAGAAGAGAAAGAACAGCUGGCUUGUGUCAAUCCAUUGUAUCCGUCAUGGCCAGCCCGGACAAUGAAAUUUACACAAAAAUUUCAACGAAUUUGCUAUAUAAGAAUUACUGAAGUGUUACGAUAUAACUCAGCAGAGCAAUUGUGUAAAAAAUACGGGUCAGAACUAGCUGUGAUUGAUAAUAUUGCUUUGCUUGAACAAUUGAAACAGAUGAAUAUGUUCAAUACAACGUGUAAAGGUCUGUGUCCUGAAUCUCGAGGAUAUUAUAUUGGAUUAAAGCGACGGAAUGAAAACGAUGGUCUAUCAGAAUCAAAAUGGAUCUGGUCGAAUAAUGUUACUUGGACUCAAAACGAAACAGACUGUGGAGAUGAAUACAUUGAUACAUCUUUCGCCAAUGCUACUCUUCUUUGCUACAUCGGACCUGACGGACAAAAGAAAAUAACAGUGUGGAAUAUUGGCGAACCAAAUAAUUAUCGAUCGAGUUUUGUCGACAACGGUGAACAAUGCGUUGAGAUCAUCGCUCGUCCGGAUAAAAACGGUUCAUAUGAACAGAUCGGUCGAAUGAAUGAUAUUCGAUGUGUAAAACCGACAUUAGGUGCCAUAUGUCAUAUGAGUGAUCCGAAACCUGUAAAUAUGACACGAUUUAAAUCCUUUGCUACAGUCAUAGGUUUUAAUGGAACUAAAAUUGAAGCCGAAGUUGAAACAACGGAAGCAAAUUUAUUAAGUAAUCUCUUAUCGAAUUUUGAAGGCUCCAUCGACCCAAAUCUGAAUGCUAUGGCAGAAAUGACUGCCGCACUAGAAGGAUUACUUGUUCUACCAUCGUUUACAAACGAACAAGCAAAUAAUAUCUUCAAUAUUGUGGAUCAACUAGUUGAUGUUACUGAGCAAAUCGAUAACGACGAUGGUUCUUUGAAAAAAGUCACCAACAAAUUGCUCCAUUUUCUUGAUCUGUUUCCAGCAAAGAUAGAAAUAAAUGACGAUAAAAAUGGUAAUUCCUUUCGCUAUGAAAACAUGAAUACCUCCAUAGUCAAUCUCAAUGCUGAUCAAUGGCAACAAGAACACAGUGAUAACGAUUGGUUUACCAUCAAUUCUAAUACGCCUGAUGAUGGCUCGAAUACUAUCAUUGAAAUCAAUAUCCGGGCAUUACGAACACAUGUUGAACUAUUAGACCAAUUUCGUAUUAUCGAAACUAUGUUUUCUAACUUUAAUUUAUUUCCACAAGUAAAUAAAAGCAAUGAAACGGAUAAUCAAUUACUCGGAACACCGAUAUCAUAUCAAAUAGCGAAUUGGACAACGAUUAAGAUCGCCGAUGAUCUAGUUCGAUUUCAAAUGCGAAUACCAGAAGUAAUGCAAGCACGAAAUAUGUCUUGUGUCUAUUGGUCAUUCGAUCAAAACAGUGGUUCGUGGAUCGAAGAUAACGGAUGUCGUUUUGCUGGAUACAAAGAUAACUACGCUCAAUGUUAUUGUGAUCAUUUGACACAUUUUGCAUUGCUUUUGCUGCCUGAAUCCAAGCAACUCAAAGAGCCUCUAUCGAAUGUCGAAGAAUUCAUCUUAGUUUUCGUAACAUACCUUGGUAUCGGUUUGUCGAUAUGCGGUCUUGUUAUAACAUUGAUUACUUAUUUACUCUUCCGACGUUCACAAAAGAAUUAUCUUCACUACAGUUUAUUCAUGCUUUGCUUAUCCAUUUUAUGUGUUAAUUGUCUUUACAUACCAUUUAGUCUUACCAAACCAGAAAUUAGAGAAUUUAAUUAUUGUAAUAUUGUCGGAUUUCUAUUUCAUUAUUUUAUGAUAACAUCAUUCACAUGGAUGCUCAUCAUAGGUUCCAUUCAAUAUAUGUAUUUCGUUCGAAUAUUUAAUACUCACGUCUCCCAUUUCAUUACUAAAUCGACAAUAUUUGGUUGGAUUUUUCCUUUGAUGUUUCCUAUACUUGUUGUUUCGAUUGGUAUCAAUGGUGGUUACAAAAGUGAAACAAGGUGUUGGAUACAUGAUGAACUUCUUCGAUACGUUACUUUUCUCGCACCGAUAUCUGUCAUAGUGCUAUGUAAUCUAACCCUUUUUAUUAUUAUAUUAUUCAGCCUUUGCCGACGCAAUCCGAGUGUUCUCACAAACCAAAGUAAUCGAUCGAAAAUACAAAUGAGUGCAGCUAUUUGUUGUUUUGUAUCUAUUGGUUGCGCGUGGGCUUUUGGAAUUUUAGUUUUAAUUCGUCCGUCGUUUCUUCAUCAAUUGAUCUUUUGCGUCAGCAAUUCUCUUCAAGGUUUUUUCAUAUUUAUUUUCCAUGUUUACCUAUCAAAACCAAAACGAGAUCUAUGGAAGACAUUCUUUAUUCAACGUGGCUUCCAUCAACGUUCAACAUCAUCUCAACUCCACGUUGAUCAUUCGUCAGCCAGUGAUUCGAGUACGAGAAAUCUCAAUAAUGUAUCGCAGUCGGUCAAAAUGCAAACUAUUACAACGUCAGCAACUAAUGAGUUAUCGGAAGGAACUGUAGGAACGACUCGCUCAUAUCCAAACUACGAUAAAAAUGGGCUUUUACAGCGAGAGAGCUUGCAACCAGGUCGUAUUGCUCAUUUAAUUCUACGCCCACAGCCGGAUUUUCUUUACGAUCGAAUACAAAGAGCUAAAAUGGAGAAAAACAAUCAUUACGCUUGA